AUGACUGUCUAUAAGCUGGACAUAUUAGGCAGUAAAUGCCAUUUUCCACAGCCCAUGAGACUUCAUUGUGUGGUUUGGGUAUCAGUUGCUUCAGAAGCUUGUUCCCUGGCAUCGGCAGUUCUGAUAUACCUUAAAAUAUUUAUUUUAGGUUUGCCAGAACCAAACAGAGACAGUAUAUUCCACGGACUGGGAAUGGAUCAAGGAUUCUACACAUCUAAAGACUUCCUACCUUUGGUAGCAAUGGCGAGUAAGCCAGGGAUGUGUGCCUGUCACUCUCCAUUGCCAUCAAUACAUGGAACUGCGAUUGUACUUGGGGCAGGAGACACUGCCUUUGACUGUGCAACAUCUGCUUUACGCUGCGGAGCUCGUCGCGUGUUUGUGGUCUUCAGGAAGGGAUUCACUAAUAUCAGGGCCGUCCCAGAAGAGAUGGAACUUGCAAAGGAAGAGAAGUGUGAAUUUCUGCCUUUCCUCUCCCCUCGCAAAGUUGUACUUAGAAGUGGACAAAUUGUUGCUAUGGAGUUUGUUCGAACUGAACAAGACAAUGAUGGAAACUGGAAAGAAGAUGAGGAUCAGGUUGUCCGUCUGAAAGCUGAUGUGGUGAUCAGUGCCUUUGGCUCCAUUUUAAGUGACACUAAAGUCAAGGAGGCCAUGGCACCUAUCAAGUUUAACAGAUGGGGUCUUCCUGAAGUAGAUCCAGAAACUAUGCAAACAAGUGAGCCCUGGGUUUUUGCAGGGGGCGACAUUGGUGGUCUUGCUAACACUACAGUGGAAUCAGUAAACGAUGGAAAACAAGCCUCCUGGUACAUGCACAGAUACAUACAGUCUUUACAUGGUGUUGCAGUUUCUACUGUUCCAAAACUACCACUCUUCUACACUCCUAUCGAUUUAGUAGACAUCAGUGUAGAAAUGGCUGGACUGAAGUUUCCAAACCCUUUUGGCCUUGCCAGUGCAACCCCUACUACUAGUUCUUCAAUGAUUCGAAGAGCUUUUGAAACUGGAUGGGGCUUUGCUGUCACUAAAACCUUCUCCCUGGAUAAGGAUAUUGUGACCAAUGUUUCUCCGAGGAUUGUGCGUGGAAUUACUUCAGGUCCUGUGUACGGCCCAGGCCAAGGCUCUUUCCUGAACAUUGAGCUGAUCAGCGAGAAAACAGCAGCAUAUUGGUGUAAAAGUAUCGCUGAACUGAAGGCUGACUUUCCGAACCAUAUUCUGAUUGCCAGUGUCAUGUGCAGCUAUAGUAGGGAGGACUGGACUGAACUCUCAAAAAUGGCUGAGGUUGCUGGAGCAGAUGCACUGGAAUUAAAUUUAUCAUGUCCUCAUGGUAUGGGGGAGAGAGGCAUGGGCCUGGCCUGUGGGCAG